AUGUAUACACAAAGUAUUACUAUUAAUCUACUAUGUGUCUUAUGCUGGACAAUUGACAUUUCAUCUGUGUCAAUUACAUCUAACAUAAUAGAUAUUUCUAAUCGCAGCAAAAAAUUUGGCGAAUACGUGCUCACAAGCAAUAAAAUUCCUAGAUACAAAUGUCAUAAUUCAUUUAAGCGGCAUAAUGAUGAUUUGGCAUUUCUUACCAAAGGCAUCGUACUCUAUCGCAAUAACUCGCUAUACAAUAAGCGUCUUAAAUCACCGGAAGCAGAGAAAGACCCUACAUUUGUCACUAAACUAAGCAACAGCUUGGCAAAGAUUAAAAAGAGAUUUCUAAAUAUUGUUUACCCAUCAGGUGUUACUAGCAAUUACUACAAAUAUGCAAAUUGGAGAUUACUUGAAAGGUUUUCUCAUUCGAUGUCCCAGAGUAUCAGCAACAAUCCACUUGCUGCCAAAAUUCUUCUAAAUCAAUCAACAUAUAGCACUAAUGAUGGAGUUAUAAAUAUUGCGUAUAAAAUAGACUUCAUUGCAACAAACUUGAUGACGCAAAUCUUUAAGGAAAUUGUAUCUAGAAUUGUCAAAACAAUGUGGGUUGGAAAUAUUGGCAUUGGUUUCGAUAUGAAUCCCAGAGCCUUUUGUUUUUGGGGGUCCCUUAUCUGUACUAUUACAAACACAGCGGACUUUUUGUCGACACUUUUUAACUUUAAGUACAUAUCUAUUACUCGCCACAUUACUACUUUGUUUAGACAGAUAGGUAUGUUGACAACAUCUGCCAGUAUCGGCCCUAUCUAUGGCUCCUUUAAGUCUCAAAACAACGUGUCGAAUAUCGGUGAAAUCACUGCUAAAAUGGAGGCUGUAACCCCAUUGUGUGACCUUUUAGGAUCGGCUACUGGUUCCGUAAUCAGUUACCUAAUUGCACCAUAUCAAUACUAUUAUAGAGGUAUAGCAUUUGCUAUAGCAGCUUUAAUUGCAAAUUACUCUUCCUAUUGUGCUGUUCAAAUGGUUGUAUUUAGGUCUCUCAACAUUUCACGCUGUUUCGUCGUGCUUGAAGAUUUUUCCACUGCACUUUUGAAACGAUUAGAUCGAUAUUUGAUCUAUCACAAUUUGAAGCGUUCACUGAAAUCUAACAUUCAGGGCAAGACAACUAAUGGGAUUAUGAUGAACAAGUAUGACUACGAUAAUGAGGGUGGCGAGAUUGCUGAGAUGAUAUUCAAACGGGAAUUUAAAAAGGCAAACGAAAUGUUGCAGCGUUUUACCCAAUCUCACAUGUGUAACACUUUGCGUGCUUCCAGAUUUAAUGAGUCCACUACUACAAAUGCCACCACAGAAGAGCCUCAAAAUUUGGCACAAAAGAGGAUAUCAACCCAAUUAUUAACCCCAGGUGAUAUUGCCAAAAUGGAGCCCUUCCUUUUCCCUGGAUCGGAUGGAGCGUUACCAUAUGGAGUAAUUAAGAAACACAUUAGAUCAACUAAUGUGGACUAUCUUACUCUAGUUAGAUAUUUGAUGAUUUUUAAAAAUGAAAACUUUUUGGUUGUAAUUAGUCCUCAUACGGGUGUUGAAGCAGUGAUAUACAAGAAUGCCAAACCUAGAGAUGCCAUAUUGGCAAUUCUAACCUAUAACAUUGCAGAUAAGCUCUGGUCAAUCUUCAGUGAUAUUGUGGAUGAUAAUACAUCAGAGCUUAGGGAAUUAUGGAAUUUUUGCAAGUCAUCCGCAAGGAAACUAUUUAGAAGUGAUAAACAUGAGAGUAAAAAUGUACAGUUUUGUGAUUCUCUUGAGGCAAAGCAAGGUUUAUCUACCGUUUCAUAUGCCUACACUAUGGCAAAGGCUUGUAUUGAUGAACUCCUGUUGAGUUUAGAAUCUGCAAAGUGGGAAAUCGAUAAAUUUGACGUUUCAACCCUCAAGAAAUGA